AUGGUCAAGGAACGCGAAGGUGAACGAAGGCUGGGACUUGCUAUGCCGUACUUGUUAUUCGUUUGUGCCGAAAUGAUGGUCGUUGGCACCUCGCACUUUGUCGGGGUUGCUACCAUGGUUGCUCGACUCGAGCUUCAGAAGAUCAAGGACCAAUGA